AUGUAAGUGCAGACAUCAUAGCAACAACGUCCGUCCGACUCUAGGAAUAGGUUUAGACGCAUCGUCCCAGCCUUCGUACUCGCUGCAUCCAGAUCUUUGCGAGGUUCAUUAUUACGAGUUAGGUAAGGUUCAGCCUGGCUCGCUCCUCUGGCACAUUUCGGAAGUCCGUACAAUUUCUUUUGGCUGUCCCCAAGUCCAUGGAUUAGACCACGCCAGUCCCUCAUAAACAUUGGUUUCAGCUCUUCUGCAGUCAAUUCAAUCUUCUCUUUCUAUUCUUCACUUCCCUAGAUUUGAAAAUUCUCUACAUAUUCUCUGCGUCUAAGAUGGCAAAGACUAUUGUGAUUCUAGGCGCAUCAUAUGCGGGCCUAAUAGUCGCUCAUAAGCUCCUGAAGCACUCGCUGAAAACAGCAAAAGAAGAACUCAAGGUGGUCGUAGUAUCGCCCACGACGCAUCAUUACUGGAAUCUAGCAUCAGUCAGAGCCAUCAUUCCUGGUCAAAUCCCAGACGAAAAGGUCUUCUCAAGCAUCCCCGACGGACUCGCACAAUACAAAGAAUCCGCGGUCUUUGUCCUUGGCACUGCCACCGGGGUCGAUAUUCCCAGCAAAACAGUUCUAAUCAAGACCCCUUCUGGCGAGCAAAAACAAGCCUACGAUAUCCUAGUCAUUGCUACAGGCUGCAGAUCCGACGACGACGCACCAUGGAAAUCCUCGCUCUCAGGAUACGAAGCAACGAAAGCUGCAUUACAUAAGACACAAGAACAUGUGAAGGCGGCGAAGACAAUUGUGGUCGGUGGAGCAGGACCUACUGGUGUUGAAUCCGCCGCGGAAAUUGGAUUCGAGUAUGGAAAGAAUAAAGAGGUUACCUUGAUAACAGCAGGUUCGCAACUACUCACAGGCGUCCCACCCUCCGUAGCAACCUUCGCCGACAACGAGCUCAAGAAACUACACGUCAACGUCAUCAAAGACACGAAAAUUAUCUCCUCCACCAGCACCACCGAAGGGAAAACCGAGCUCGCGCUCUCAAACGGCGAGAAAAUGGUAGUGGAUCUCUACCUCCCAACAAUAGGCGUGAUCCCCAACUCGGAAUUCUUGCCCAAGAGCCUCCUCGAUGACAAAGGAAAUGUGAUGGUGGAUCAAUACCUGAAAGUCAAGGGCGCGGAGGAUAUCUGGGCCGCGGGAGACAUCACCGAUUGUCAACCUGCUCAGUAUAUUUACUGCGAAAAACAAGCCGGAGCCCUAGCCAGGAAUCUCGAUCUCGUGCUCAGCGGCAAGGAACCAGUAGUCUACAAGACGGACGGUGCUCCAAUCAUGGGCGUCUCUCUCGGUCGAAGUCGGGCUACGGGCCGCUUUGGCAAUAUGAAGAUGCCGAGCUUGGUUAUCUGGUUUGUAAAGGGGCGGACGCUGGGGGUUCAGAAUAUGCCUGGGUUGGUUUCUGGGGCUUCUGCUUAGAUGGGUGGUAAUUGGAUGGUAAUGAUCUCGGUUUGGCUGUGUGCUGGUAUCAAAGGGGGUGGUUUUGGUUGCAGUGGACCUAUACCCGACUUCUUUAAUGGAAUAUAUUUUUCAUGAUUCUACCCUCCGCUAUCUACUGCAUCCGAAUAUGGAACCAAGUUCACAACAGUUUAAACCUAAAACCGGCUUCUGCAAAAGCCAGCAGCGACAGCUCAACCUCAAGAACUCGAGCAAUAAAAAUUAAAAAUAAGUAAACAGAAACCGGGAAUCAGCUCUACAUAUAUAUAUCAAUGCAGCUUCUGAA